AAAAUCAUCUAUCUCGAAACCCUAAUCUCCGUCUUCAACCAAAAUCAUCUCUCUCUCUCUCUCUCUCUCUCUCUCUCUCUAUUGUGAAUCGCAGGCUGUGGGCGCUUGAUUUGGGAAUCGCUUGAAUUGUGAAUCGCAGGCUGCGGGCGCUUGAUUUGGGAAUCGCUUGAAUUGUGAAUCGCAGGCUGCGGGCGCUUGAAUUGUGAAUCGCAGGCUGCGGGAAACUCUCUAGGAAAAACCCUAGUUUUCAAAGUUUCUAGGGCUCUUGCAAAGCAAUUCACAUCUGCGUACAUAUACUUAAAGAUCUGAUUGUUGUGUUAAAUCCCCUUGUUUGCGUUGCAGGAUUUUUUUUCCUGUGAGGUCUUCAUCUUUCACUCCAUUCGCAAAAACUUUCCCUUCGCCUCCGUUACGUAAUUCGAAUAACAGAUUUUGGUUUUCGUUUUUUCUUUUAAUUUUCUGCAUAUCGCCUUUCUUGCGCUUCCUUGUUUGGCGUUUGUGUUUGUAUGGAUGCAGGAUCUGCCAACUCUUUAUCGAAUAUGAAACCGCAAUCUCGGUGCCCACUUCAAGAACAGUUUCUGCAUCGGAGGAAUUCUCGAGAAAACCUGGACAGAUUUAUACCUAAUCGAUCGGCCAUGGAUUUCGAUUAUGCACACUACAUGCUUACCGAAGGGAGGAAGGGGAAGGAGAAGGAGAAUGCAGCGGUGAGUUCCCCAUCAACAGAGGCCUACCGGAAGCGACUGGCUGAAGCACUUCACAUGAACCGGACUCGAAUCCUUGCUUUCAAGAACAAACCCCCAACCCCCAUAGAGUUGAUCCCGCAUCAAUUCACUUCUCCUCAGCCUGCCAAGCCAACAAAACCCCGCCGAUACAUUCCUCAGACCUCAGAGAGGACAUUGGAUGCUCCCGACCUUGUGGACGACUACUACCUGAACUUGUUGGACUGGGGAAGCAGCAAUAUACUUUCAAUUGCCCUAGGGAAUACAGUUUAUCUCUGGAAUGCUUCAGAUGGCUCUACCUCUGAACUUGUCACCAUCGACGACGAAAACGGCCCAGUUACCAGUGUCAGCUGGGCCCCAGAUGGUCGCCACAUUGCCGUGGGCUUGAAUAAUUCUCAAGUACAUCUACUGGAUUCUACUAAUAAUAAACUGUUAAGGACUUUGACAGGUGGCCACAGAACUCGGGUUGGGUCUCUGGCAUGGGACAAUCACAUCCUUACAACAGGAGGAAUGGAUGGACUGAUUGUCAAUAAUGAUGUGAGAAAGAGAUCUCCCAUUGUUGAGACCUACAGGGGUCACACCCUGGAGGUUUGUGGGUUGAAAUGGUCAGCAUCAGGAAGGCAAUUAGCUAGUGGAGGGAACGAUAACAUCCUCCACAUUUGGGACAGGUCCAUGGCAUCUUCCAACUCACCCACCCAGUGGCUUCACCGGCUCGAAGAGCACACUGCCGCUGUUAAGGCCCUUGCCUGGUGUCCCUUCCAAGGGAAUUUGCUGGCUUCAGGUGGAGGUGGAGGUGAUCGGACCAUAAAGUUUUGGAACACCCACACUGGCACGUGCUUAGACUCUCUGGAUACCGGUUCCCGGGUCUGUGCUCUGCUAUGGAACAAGAAUGAGAGAGAGUUGCUUAGCUCUCAUGGAUUCACUCAAAAUCAGCUCACUCUUUGGAAGUACCCUUCAAUGGUCAGGAUUGCGGAGCUAACCGGUCAUACUUCUAGAGUGCUUUUCAUGGCCCAGAGUCCGGAUGGUUGCACUGUAGCAUCGGCGGCAGGGGAUGAAACACUGAGGUUUUGGAAUGUGUUUGGUGUUCCUGAAGUGGCUAAAUUAGCUCCAAAAGCUAAUCCAGAGCGUUUUGCUCACUUCAAUCGCAUUCGCUAAACGAAAAGUCACCACUGCUGGUCAUAUCUAUCUUCUGCAUAAAUGUAGUUGUAGCAGAUUAGAUGACCACACAUUAGCAGACAAGAAAAUGGAUGCUAUUUUUCCCGAGAAUAUCCCCUACUGGGUCUCCUCAGCCCCUCCUUCCUCUUCUCGC